GUAUCUAUAUGCAAUAAAACAAAGAUUAAAAGAAGGUGACCAACAGUAGCCGAUAGCAUUUCAGACUCGUUUGUCGAAUUGUAGCAAAGUGAUAAAAUAUAUUUUUGUUUUUGUUGUGAAGAACGUGUUCAUAGGCUGAUAAUAUGUACAAGUUUACGCUGAUUUCAAUUGUUGCUUUGAUGUUGUUGCUGCAUCACCCAUGCUUAGCGCAAGACGACAAUUUCUUAUCAUUUCCUACAGGCCAAGUUAAUAAUAAUAUCCAAGGCAAUAGUAAUGAACAACGUCAAAGGCAAAAUCAACCUCCAAACGUCCCAUUACCAAAUUUACCGAUAGACGAUACCACCACUACGACCGCUUCCCCAGUAUUCAGAUCUUGUGUGGAAAACUGUAGAACUAUUCAGAACUAUAAUCCGGUAUGUGGAAGUGACGGGGUGACUUAUAAUAAUCAGUUCAGGUUGCAGUGUGCAAGAAGAUGCGGCCUAAACGUUGAGAUGGUCCGUGGAGGUACCUGCGUUUCUCUGUAAUGAUAUUAGAGCUAUAUGACAGUCUGAGUUGAUCAUUUCAUUAAUAUAUGUUGUGUUACGUUUCUGAAAUCAGGGUAUAGUUCUCCUAUAAGUCAUAUAGUAUACUUGGCUUUCCAGUAUCUACCGCUUCAGUAUAUAUAGGAAUAAUGCUUAAAAUUGACUUGAUAUUGUAUAAUUAACUUAAUAGCGAUUACUUAAAAGUGACAAUGCUAAUUUUCUAUGCUAAGUUGUUAAUGAUAUAUCCUUUUAAAAUAACAGGUAUUUAAUAAAGAUUUAAGUGAGUAGGAAACAUUUUUGUAACAAUUGUUUAAAAACUCGUUUUACGAACAUAA